AUGGUGGAGCUUUCUGAUUUCCAGCGUCAGGAGAAGGUUGGCGAGGGAACCUAUGGUGUCGUAUAUAAGGCUUUAGACACAAGACACAACAACCGAGUAGUUGCACUCAAGAAGAUUCGGUUGGAGUCUGAAGAUGAGGGCGUUCCUUCGACAGCUAUUAGGGAGAUUUCUCUUUUGAAAGAAAUGAGGGACGAUAACAUAGUCAGGUUGUAUGAUAUCAUCCAUUCAGACUCCCACAAGCUCUACUUGGUAUUUGAGUUUUUGGACUUGGACUUGAAGAAGUAUAUGGAGCUGAUUCCUCAGGGAGCGGGGCUAGAACCCUCGAUGGUCAAGAGAUUUAUGCACCAGUUGAUCAAGGGCAUCAAGCACUGUCACUCCCAUCGUGUUUUGCACCGAGACUUGAAGCCUCAGAACUUGCUCAUUGAUAAAGAGGGUAAUUUGAAGCUAGCUGAUUUCGGCUUGGCCAGAGCCUUUGGCGUGCCCUUGCGUGCUUACACUCACGAGGUGGUUACUCUUUGGUAUAGGGCGCCAGAAAUUCUUUUAGGAGGGAAACAGUAUUCCACCGGUGUGGACAUGUGGUCUGUUGGGUGCAUUUUCGCUGAGAUGUGCAACCGCAAACCGCUUUUUCCCGGAGAUUCGGAGAUCGACGAAAUCUUCCGUAUUUUCAGAAUCUUGGGUACGCCAAACGAAGAAGUGUGGCCCGACGUGACAUACUUGCCUGACUUCAAGCUCACAUGGCCCAAGUGGGAGCGAAGCGACUUGGCCUCACACAUUCCUUCUUUGGACAGGGACGGUGUAAAUUUGCUCGAGCAAAUGUUGAACUACGAUCCCAGCAACCGAAUCAGCGCCAAAAGGGCCUUGGUGCACCCUUACUUCCAAGAAGACAAUGAUGAAGCCUACGAUAGUUACCCCCGCUCUGUGAACAUGGGUUGA